CCCCACCCCCUAAAUGACAACACAGAUCAGCUGUUGUUUGACACAAUGCCAUUCUGACACUAAAACGAAAACAAACUUUGAAAUGUAGUGCUUCUCAAAACCCACGCCAGUCAAGACAUCUUCACCACAAAAUCCAUGAACACAACACUCUCCAGCCAUGGACGGAAUGUUUGAAAUGUAUUUAGAAGGGAGCAUCGAACCAGACGACAUCCCCAACACGAGAGAACCAGUCUACAUCCUAGGCAAGAAGUACAACGCUGUCCAAGAACUGGACAUCAUCCGCCAGGAUAUCCUCUCGAAAGUCUGGUUUACAUAUCGGAAGAACUUUGUUCCCAUCGGAGGAGACGAAGGCCUCACGACGGACAAAGGAUGGGGCUGCAUGCUGCGAUGCGGCCAGAUGGUGCUGGCGCAGGCUCUCAUCAGCUUGCAUUUGGGUAGGGACUGGAUGUGGGAACCCGAAACCAAAGACUCCACGUACCUCAAGAUCCUGGGAAAAUUCAUGGAUAAGAGACAAGCGCCAUUUUCCAUCCAUCAGAUCGCCAUGAUGGGUGUGUCGGAAAACAAGGAAGUGGGACAGUGGUUCGGCCCCAACACGGUGGCUCAAGUUUUGAAGAAGCUAGUGAAGUAUGACGAGUGGAGCUCGCUUGCUAUUCAUAUAGCAUUAGAUAACGCACUCGUCGUCAGUGAUAUAAGAGAAAUGUGCUUAAGUUGCGAGAGUCCGGAGGGGAGUGGGAGUCUGAAGUGCGAAAAAGGGGAUUGGAAGCCGUUGUUACUUAUAGUGCCUUUGAGAUUGGGGCUUCAAGAUAUUAAUCCUAUUUAUGUUAGUGGACUUAAAAAAUGUUUCCAAUUCAAACAAAGCCUCGGAGUGAUCGGUGGCAAACCAAACCUGGCUUUGUACUUCAUAGGCUGCGUCGGCGACGAAGUAAUCUACUUAGACCCCCACACCACCCAAAAAUCAGGUUCGGUCGAGAACAAAGAAACUGAAGAAGAAAUCGAACUCGACUGCACUUAUCACUGUAAAUACGCUUCUAGAAUAAACAUACUAAGCAUGGAUCCUUCAGUAGCAGUGUGCUUCUUCUGCAGCACCGAAUCCGACUUCAACGACUUAUGCCACUCAAUCAAAAGAGAUCUAAUCGAACCCGAGAAACAGCCGCUCUUCGAAAUCGCUUAUGAAAAACCGAAACAGUGGACGCCGACGCUCGACGACGCGGUGGAAGCCGCCGAUUUCGAGCUCACGGGCGACUUCGACUCGGAGCACGAAUUCGAAAUAUUGUAAUUUUUAUGUCUUAUUAAGUAGGUUUGAAUAUUUGCCUUAUUUUUUUAUCGUCGUGAAUGCAGCUGAGUAUGGGUUCCGUGAUGACAGCAGCGUUUUUUUAUGUAUAUACUUAUGCAUCGUAUUUGUGUGUUUUGUACAUACGGCAUUUAAGGAGAGGAUCUGGAUUGUGCGCGGCGCCGUCUGCCCGGUCGACGUGUACCUAGUGACAGUUGGGGUGCCAAAGACACGUUGCGGGGAGGCGGCGGCCGAGGAGAUUUGUACAUAUGAGCAUGCGAUUCAGUUCCUUGUAAAGCUUAUUACUAAAUUUGUUAUAUUUUUCACAAUUAUUAAAAGACAUGUUCGUGA